AUGCUGGGGUCCCUGGUGUCGAAGAGAACAGCGCCGGCGCCGCGGCUCCUUCUCCAGCUGCUUAGGUCCCCAUCGCUCCGGAGCCACGAAAGUGCCACCGGCCAGAGUGUGACCACCGGGGGCCGCGGGGAGCCUCAGUGGCUGAGGGCGGCCGUCGGGGGGCGCCAUGGAACGUCGCCGGCCCUACUCACCAGAGGAGGGGCAGCCUCUGGAGGGCGCCAGAGAGGAUGUACCGAGACCCCCUGCUUUGCAGCUGCCACCUGGGGACGCCUUCCCAGCCCCGAAGACACACUGCCUGGGCAGGACAGCUGGAAUGGAGUCCUCAGCAGAGCCGGAUUGGGCGUGUGGGCCCUGGCCACGGCGCUCGUGGUUCAUUGUUACAGCAAGAGCCCGUCCAGCAAGGAUGCAGCCCUGAUGGAAGCUGCUCGAGCCAACAAUGUCCAAGAAGUCAGCAGACUAUUGUCAGAAGGUGCAGAUGUCAAUGCGAGGCACAAACUUGGCUGGACAGCACUGAUGGUGGCAGCCAUCAACCGAAACAACAGUGUGGUGCAGGUCCUGCUUGCGGCUGGUGCUGACCCAAACCUCGGGGACGACUUUAGCAGUGUAUACAAGACUGCCAAGGAGCAGGGAAUCCAUUCUUUAGAAGUCCUGGUCACCCGAGAGGAUGACUUCAACAACCGGCUGAACAACCGCGCCAGCUUCAAGGGUUGCACAGCCCUGCACUAUGCUGUCCUCGCUGAUGACUACCGGACCGUCAAGGAGCUGCUUGAUGGAGGAGCCAACCCCUUGCAGAGGAAUGAAAUGGGACACACACCCUUGGAUUAUGCUCGAGAAGGGGAGGUGAUGAAGCUUUUAAGGACUUCUGAGACUAAGUACCAAGAGAAGCAGCGGAAGCGGGAGGCCGAGGAGCGGCGCCGCUUUCCCCUGGAGCAGCGGCUGAAGGAGCACAUCAUUGGCCAAGAGAGCGCCAUCGCCACCGUGGGUGCAGCGAUCCGGAGGAAGGAGAAUGGCUGGUACGACGAAGAACACCCCUUGGUCUUCCUCUUCUUGGGAUCAUCUGGAAUAGGAAAAACAGAACUGGCCAAGCAGACAGCCAAAUAUAUGCACAAAGAUGCCAAAAAGGGUUUCAUCAGGCUAGACAUGUCUGAGUUCCAGGAGCGGCAUGAGGUGGCCAAGUUCAUCGGGUCCCCACCAGGCUACAUUGGCCACGAGGAGGGUGGCCAGCUGACCAAGAAGCUGAAGCAGUGCCCCAAUGCCGUGGUGCUCUUUGAUGAGGUAGACAAAGCCCACCCAGAUGUACUCACCAUCAUGCUGCAGCUGUUCGAUGAGGGCCGGCUGACAGAUGGAAAAGGCAAGACCAUCGACUGCAAGGACGCCAUCUUCAUCAUGACCUCGAACGUGGCCAGUGACGAGAUAGCACAGCAUGCCCUGCAGCUGAGGCAGGAAGCUUUGGAGAUGAGCCGUAACCGGAUUGCCGAGAACCUUGGGGACGUCCAGAUCAGUGACAAGAUCACCAUCUCAAAGAACUUCAAGGAAAACGUGAUUCGCCCCAUCCUAAAAGCUCACUUCCGGAGAGAUGAGUUUCUGGGACGAAUCAAUGAGAUCGUCUACUUCCUCCCCUUCUGCCACUCGGAGCUCAUCCAGCUCGUCAACAAGGAGUUGAAUUUCUGGGCCAAGAGAGCAAAGCAAAGGCACAACAUCACACUGCUCUGGGACCGCGAGGUGGCGGACGUGUUGGUCGAAGGCUACAACGUGCACUAUGGCGCCCGCUCCAUCAAGCAUGAGGUGGAGCGCCGUGUGGUGAACCAGCUGGCGGCCGCCUAUGAGCAGGACCUGCUGCCGGGGGGCUGCACCCUGCGCAUCACUGUGGAGGACUCGGAUAAGCAGCUGCUGAAGAGUCCUGAACUGCCCUCACCCCAGGCCGAGAGGCGUCCCCCCAAGCUGCGGCUGGAGAUCAUCGAUAAGGACAGCAAGACCCACAAAUUGGACAUCCAGGCACCACUCCACCCUGAGAAGGUGUGCCACACCCUCUAG